AUGUUGUCUCUAGGUAUAUCUUUUUUGGCAAAUUUUCUGCUUAGUUGCGUCUCCGCCAAAGACGUGUACUACGAUUGGCAUAUAACUUGGGUCACUGCUGCCCCUGACGGAUAUGAGCGUGAAGUGAUCGGAAUCAACAACAAGUGGCCUUGCCCUCAGAUUGAUGUCGAAGUUGGAGACCGUCUCAUCAUAGAUGUUCACAAUGAUCUGGGUAAUCAGGAAACUGGAAUUCACUGGCAUGGCCUCCACCAAUAUAUGACCGGAUAUAUGGAUGGCGCACCUGGUGUAACGCAGUGCCCCAUCCCCCCUGGUCGGAUGAUGCGCUAUGUCGUCGAUGUCAAUCAAACUGGCACCUACUGGUAUCAUUCUCAUUUCAUGGGCCAGUAUCCAGACGGUCUGCGCGGAGCGCUUAUUGUUCACGAUCCCAAUUCCCCAUUCAAAUUUGAUGAUGAAUUCACCAUGCUACUGUCGGACUGGUAUCAUGAAGAGAUGACAGCAUUGGUUGCACAGUAUAAGGCUGAGAACAGUGAUCCAGCGACCGGGGGUUUAGAGCCCCUUCCCGUCGCGGCUCUGAUCAACGAUGCCGUGAACGCGACCUUUCCCGUCAAGCCAGGGAAGACAUAUUUGGUGCAUCUAAUAGUGAUUGGAAACUGGCCUGGAUUCGCGUUCUUAUUCGAUGAUCAUGAAAUGACGGUGGUUGAAGUCGACGGGAUCUAUGUUGAGCCGUUUCCAGUUGGAGGACGCAAUUUGCGGCUUGCAACGGGCCAACGUAUGAGCGUCUUGAUUCAUACCAAAGAGAGCACAGCCCAAAACUACGCAUUCUGGACCAUUAUGGAUGUCAAUAUGAUGUUCGUUUACGAGAACCGCACUAUUCCAGAUGGGUAUAACCCAAAUGGAACAGCUUGGCUAGUGUAUGACGAGGCCAAACCUUUACCUGCUCCGCCGACUUUGUAUGAAUUUGAUUUUGUGGAUGAUCUGGAGUUGACUCCGUUUGAUCGUCAACCGCUGCUCGAACCCGUCGACCAUCAAAUUAUCAUGGACUUCAAUUCAGCCGAAGUUGAAGGAGGCUUGGCGCGAUUCGUUGUUAACAACCACACCUACUAUGAGCAAGAUACACCCACCAUGUACACGACUCUUUUGAAAGACGCUCACCAUACGUCUCAGACCAAUGUGUCAGCUUAUGGAGCAGUCAACCCUUACGUGAUUAACUAUGGCGAUGUCGUUGAGAUCGUGCUCAAUGACUAUCAUGGAAAUCUCCACCCUUGGCAUCUGCACGGGCAUCAAUUCCAAUGUCUUCAGAGAACUUGGCCAGACGGAGGGUACUUCGAUGGCUACUUUGCCAAUAUUUCAGCAACUCCAGUCCGGCGUGACACGCUCAUGGUGCAAAACCACGGUCAUUUUGUCAUCCGAUUCCGAGCCACCAACCCAGAUAAGUCCCCCCUGAUGAUAAAUUCUCUUCUUUUUCCCCAAGAUAGAAUCAACUGA